AAUAGCCGCGUUUGGAGUUAGUCCGGAACACCGUUUUUAUUCCGCGUUUAGUCGCGACGAUCACGUGACAAAGCAAAAAAUGUUCCACAAGACAGCUUCCGGUAAAAUUUGUUUGUAUUAGCAACAUGUCGUCUGUUACGAAUACCGCCACAAAUUGGUACUUUUGUGCUGCUCCGGGUUGUUCAUCCGACGAUAGAAAGAAAGGGAGGUAUGGAUACAUGCAAGAUGUUCAGUUCUUUGCUUUUCCCUCGAAAAAGAAAGCUCCAAUUGAUAGAAGAAAAUGGCUGGAUCUCCUGCGCCGAGACAAUUUUGACCCCUCGAGGAAAGCAAGAGUCUGUUCCUUGCAUUUCGUGGACAGAAAACCAACGGAGAAGCACCCGUUUCCAGAACUCUUUAUGCACAACAACUUCAAAGAGAGCAAAAUGAUCCGUCCAAAUACUGCCAUCACCAAGAGAGAGCACGCUUUUGAAUUAGACAAAGAAAACAACAACUGCAAAGAAAAUCCUCAAACAUGCAAUGACAAUGAAAUUACACCUAUGAUGGUUGAUUGUGUCACUGAGGAAGCUUCUGUCAAUUCAAAUGGCUUAAAUGGCUGCUGGCCUGUUGCAAACGAGGUCGAGAUAGCAGAAAUGGAAACAGUUACAUGUAAUCCAAUGCCAGAAAAAAUUGCAAUGGACCACAGCUACACUGGAGUCAGAGCAGUCUUUAGCUGUGUUGAGAGUUCAACACAAACUGAUCUGAAAAUGACAGAUAUUGGUGCAAUGGAGCAGAGAGUAAAAGAACUCGAUGAUCCAGACAAACUGCUACGAGACUUGUUUGAGGAAAAGGUCACGAAAGAUGAUUCGAGCAUCCGACAUUACACUGGAAUCCCAUCAAAGAAGAUCCUUGAUGGUGCAUUUGAUAUUCUUACUAGAGCUUCACCAGAUUUAAAAUACUGGUCAGGCCAAACCAGUUCAACAAAGAAAGGCUACCAAACUGGAGAUGUUCACCAACCCAAGAAGACCGGGCCAAAGAGAAAGCUUACUCGAUACCAGGAAUUUCUGUUGACUCUAGUGAGACUGCGUUUGGCUCUUACAACAUUUCUUUUGGGAGACUUAUUUGGUGUCUCAGCAUCGAGGGUGUCCCAAAUUUUCACUACAUGGAUAAAUUAUAUGGCUGUCACAUUCACACCACUUUUGAAAUGGCCAUCUCAGGAUGUAAUUAAACGUUUUCGACCUGGAUCAUUCAAACUAAAUUUCCAAAUGUAACAGGCAUAAUUGACUGCACAGAAUUUUUCAUAAAGAAACCAAGGAAUCCAACAGCACAGUCACAAACUUUCAGUUCCUAUAAGCAGCAUAAUACUUUUAAAGCCCUGGUAUGUAUUUCUCCAUCUGGUGCCAUUACUUAUAUUUCAAAACUGUGGGGUGGGAAUGUAUCUGACAGAUAUAUUACUAGGGAUUGUGGAUUCUUGAACCUGAUACGUCCUGGGGAUGAGAUCAUGGCAGAUAGGGGAUUUCUCAUCCGAUACCUUCUUCUUAAAAAGAGAGCCAAA